UUCCUUUAUAACUCACUCCCUUCACAUUUCGCACCGUUCCGUUCCUUAUUUUCUCUCUCUCGCUCUCUCUCUCGCACACAAACCCAAACCCAAACACAAACACAAACAGAAACAGUUGGAUCCGAGCCUAUGUGAAAAUAGAGUACUAUCAUUCUCUCAAAGAUUUCGAUACCAAAAAAUUUUGGUUACUCUGAUGGCGUCAACGCUGAUCUCAAACAACGUUGUUGCCAACACUGAUCGUUCACGAAAGAAAAAGAAGAAGAAAACCCAAGCCAGAGAUCAACAGCUACAACAACAAGAAGAUGAUAAAAACCACAACAAGUGGAAAUCGGAAACUCAACAACAAAUCUACUCUUCCAAGCUCCUUCAAACUCUCAGCCAAGUCCACCUCAGCCCUCCUCCUCCUUCGGCUACGGCUACGGCUACGCGGCGCGGUCGAGUCGUGCGCGAAGCCGCUGAUAGAGUCUUGGCUGUGGCGGCUAAGGGAAAAACACGGUGGAGCCGUGCCAUCUUAACGAACCGGCUCAAGCUCAAAUUUCAAAAGAAGCAUAGGAAGCAGCCAAGAGUGGUGAGUGCCACCGGGACUAGCCGGUCGCCCAAGAAGCCUAAAGUGAGCGUUUUGAGGCUAAAGGGGAAGAGCUUACCGGCUGUGCAGAGGAAAGUGCGUGUUCUGGGCCGGUUAGUCCCCGGUUGCCGGAAGCAACCCUUGCCGGUGAUUCUAGAAGAAGCUACCGAUUAUAUAGCCGCACUUGAGAUGCAAGUCAGAGCCAUGACAACCCUUGCCAACCUUCUCUCCGGCUCCACCUCCUCCUCCUCCUCCUCCUCCUCCUCCAGCUCUAGCUCCGGGCCGCCGACUAGCUGAUCACACUGUUCUCUACUGCCACGUGUCCUUUCCAUUAUCUCUCUCCCUUUUUUUUUUUUCUUUCUUUCUUUUUUUCUUUUUUUUCUCUUUUCUCCUCCCCUCUCAAAUAUCUCUAUUAAUUCUCUGUUAAAUACGAUGUUGCUCCUUUCUCUUGCAAGUAAAAUUAAAAAUCUUUUCAUACUA